UUAGGCAGCAAGAUUGGAACUUUUAGGCAGCACUGACUGGCAAUGAUAGGUAGCACUGACUGCCAACACUGACUGGCACUGAUAGGCGGCAAUGAAAGGCAGCUCUGAUGGGCACUGAUAUGUGGCAUUGAUGUGCACUAAUAGACACUGACAUGUGCCAUUGAUGUACACUAAUAGGUACUGGUAUGCGGCAUUGAUGGGCACUGACAGGUGGCAUCAGGGCCCUGAUGAGUGGACAGAAUGCACCACCGAUUGCAGCACCACGUGG